AUGAUGUGCAACUUUCUGGCAGCAGGCCCCUCGAUAGCGUUGUUGAACACCGCUUUGGAGUUCUUCCCUGCGGCCACCACCGAUAAUGACGUCCGCACUCUUGCAAUCGCCCAGACUGCCUACUUCUUCACAACGACAGCGCUGCUCCAGGGCGUGGGCAACUUCUUCUGGGUGCCCAUGGCCAACAAGUUCGGCCGACGGCCGGUCUACGUCGCGAGCUACUCCAUCUACUUUGCAUGCUCAAUAUGGCUCAUCUUUGAACACUCCUACGGCGGCUUCCUGGCCGGCCGGAUCCUGAUGGGAUUCGGAGCCGGAGCCGCAGAAACGAUUGCCCCUAUCACCAUCGCCGACGUCUUCUUCUUGCACGAAAGAGGGACCAUCAUGGCGCUGUACACCGCAUUCCUCUCUGCUGGAGUUGGCUUUGGACUAGUGAUUUCUGGCAUCAUCACUAUCAACCAUGACUGGAGAGUCAUUUAUCAAGUUUCUGCUGCCUUGAUUGGCGCCGUGCUUCUACUGGCAUUCCUCACCUUCCCCGAGACGGCAUACGAGCGAGAUGGCUCGACCGCCCCGAUCCGCCUUGGCUCGCUGAGCGGUAGCAAGCCUGGAUCGAUGGGGUCCGAAACAGAGCUCUCUCGCUCUGUGAGAGACUCACCGAGACUCCCGAAACAAUCAUACCUGUCGUCCCUGAAGCUCUUUAACAAGACCCUCACGCAAGAGAGCCUCCUAAAGCUCGCCCUGCGCCCGUUGGGCCUAAUCAUCCUCCCUCCCGUGCUCUGGGCGGCACUGGUGCAGGCUGUGACGGUAGGGUUCCUCGUGGCCGUGUCUUCGAACGCGGGAUCCGCGUUCAACACUGCGUAUGGUUUCGAUUCCUGGCAGAUUGGCCUUUGUUUUGUCGCCGGCAUCAUCGGCGCUCUGCUCGGAAUUCCGGCCGGUGGCCACCUAGGCGACAUGAUUGCGGACUGGUUCACCAGACGGAACGGCGGGAUCCGUGAUCCGGAAAUGCGGCUCCCUGGCAUGAUCAUCAGCAUGAUCACGACGCCGCUGGCAUUGGUGUUAUAUGGUGUCGGCAUUGAAGACCGGCUGCAUUGGAUAUGUCCCACUAUCGGCAUUGGCCUUUUGACCUUUUCGAUAUCUCAGGGGACAAACAUCUGUCUCGUGUAUGUGAUCGACGCCUACCGGCCGGUGGCGGGCGAGGUCACGCUGGCCGUCAUGGGCUUCAAGUCACUCUUCGGCUUUCUGCUAUCCUUCUACACCAACACUUGGGUAGAGACGACAGGUUACGAGAACGCAUUUGGUGCCAUGGCCGGAAUCGCAUCUGCCGUGCUGGUCCUAUGGGUACCGCUGUUCGUUUGGGGCAAGAAGAUACGACACGAGUCGUGGAAGUGGCCAAUCGUCCAGUAUGUUCACUGGAGCGAGGACAGAGAGGUCGGAGAGUGA